AACUACACUUUAUUUCCACUUCUUCAUCAGCUGAGCAGACUGUGCAUUCAUGAGUCUGUGUGGGGCACAGUGUGGACAGUCUGUCCAGAGAGCAAAGGAAGUGGGCGGGGUGAUGACAAGAUUCUGAACAGGCGUACAGCGCGGUGUCGUCAUCAGGAGGAGCAGCAGUCGUCGGAGCGGCAGACACAGGUGAAGUGUCAGGUGUGUUUGCCGCAGUUACCUGCUCCUCAGCAUGUACUACAGACUAAACGGAGUGACGCAGCGGCUCACCGGAGCUCCCGCCGCCGCCUACAACCCGCAGGGUCUGCGCCCAAGUGUCCCACCUGUCAGUCCUCCUGUCGUCUUUGCGUCUCCAACCAAACUGGUGUCAGAAACAGGAAGUCAGGUGGAUUACCUAGGAGCCAACAGAAUCCACGAAAUGCAGAAAUUCUUCCAGAGGGCAGACGGGGUCCCGGUCCACCUGAAGAGGGGUCUAAUAGACAAGCUGCUGUACCGGACCACCAUGAGUUUGACUGUUGGGGGGGUCGUCUACUGCCUUGUAGCGCUCUACAUUGCCGCCCAGCCUAGCAACAAGUGAUGCGGCAGAGCUUCUGCGCUCUGAUUGGACCAGAGGUUUGCUGUGUAUGUUCAGUGUGAUGGAUGACGAGGCAUUCAGGGACGUGUGGAUGUUCCUUAUGAGGUGUUCAGGGACAGUGUGAAUGAAUGAAUAAUAAAGUUUAUUUUGUUG